ACGCAUCAACGCCAACAAAAGCGUCACCGGUGAUUCCAAGUUGCGCAAUUUGUCCUUCAACGUACCUCGACACGAUUCUUUCACUGCAUCUAAAAAAGUGUGCGAAAUGGUGCAAAGAAGCGUCGCAGGAAUUUUCGGGCCUCGGAGCGGCACUUCGGCGUCCCACGUUCAAAGUAUGUGCGACGCCCUGGGGAUCCCCCACGUGGAGAUCCGCUGGGAUCACCGAGAGACCCGAGACGAACUAUCCGUGAAUUUGUAUCCACAUCCGGAAUCCCUGGGAAAAGCAUUCAGGGAUGUUCUGGAAACUCUGAGAUGGCACAGAUUCACCAUCCUUUAUUCGGAUAACGAAGGACUUUUCAGGCUGCAAGAAAUCCUGAAAAUUCGCCCACCUCCUGACAAGGAAUUGAAGUUGACAAUCCGGCAGCUCAUACCCGACGAAGACAACCGGCCCCUUUUGAAAGCUUUAAAGAAAGCCGGAGAGACUCACAUUGUGCUGGAUUGUCCAGUGGAGAAGAUUUACUCAAUUCUUGAACAAGCCCUCCAAGAUUUCCACGCAGUCGAAACGAGGCUGUUCAAAGACAGUGGCACGAAUAUAACUGGCCUGUCAAUCGUGGAUAUUGAAAGCAACGAAUACAGUGAAGUGAUUGGCAGAGAUUGGGGUGAAAGCAGAUCCGGGGCUUUUCCGUUUGCAGACGACAACAACGACUUUGUGCACUUCAGUAAAGCUGCUGAAGCAAACUACGAUGCUUUUAUUCAAGAAGCUCGAAUUGCGCCCAGAACAUUGAUGGUGAAUCAUUGUUUAUUGCUGUUUUUGUAA